AUGAUUGGUAUAAAAACGCAAUUAGAUUUUUAUAUUAGUUUGCAUACAAUCGAUUUAACAGAAAGUGGUGAAUUAUGUAGUAAUAAUACAAAUAUAUCAACUCAAAUCCUUAAAGACAUACUAAAUAUUUUAUUAAAACUCAUAACGAAUGAAAAUUGUCGUACAGAAUAUAUUAUUAAUAGUAAAGUAUUAGAGUCAAUUAAUCGUUUACUCAAUAGUUCACCAGAUCUCUCAUUAACUCAAGAUGUAUUAAGAUUAUUAAUUAACAUGACAGAACGAUCAGAAGUGUAUUUACAAGAAAUUGCUCGAAAUGAUACCCCAUAUACUUUAUUAAAUAUUUUAUCUUAUGAAGAUCUUGAAACUAAACAAUUGGCUCUUCAGCUCAUUGCUAGUUUACUUGCACAGACACAAGUAAAAGAGUAUUUCCAUGCAUUAGUCGAUUUUUUACAUACAUUCAUUAGUCUAUUGAGUCAUGACAAUGUCAAGCUUUUAUUUCACGCUAUAUGGGGUCUAACACAUUUGGCUGACAAUGAAGAUUUUAGACGACUGAUACGACUAGAAGGAGCAUUGCCUUUAUUAGUGACAAUACUAGAAAAACGUGAUUUUGAUUAUUGUUUACCUUCGACAACGAAUAAAUCAAAACAUGGUAAUGGUAGUAUAUCAAAGAAACAGUCACUUGGAGUAUCAGAGCCAACCAGUCGUGAUCAAUUAUUUGAUUUACAAGUUGCUUGCUGCACUUUGUUAGCUGAAUUGUCGUAUGAUUACACAAACGGACAAACAAUAAUUGAUAAAAAUGGUAUUUAUGUCAUAGCUAUGUUAUUGUUUCCCGAAAAUGAAGAAUAUCAAAAGUCUGAGAAAUUUAAUCAUUUACAGCGUAAUGUAUUUCGAACGUUACGUUAUUUAUUUCCAUUGAAUAAAAAUCGUGAACAAUAUAAAAAAUUAUUUACACCACAGACGUUUGAAUUAUUUCUUGAAAUUGGAAAUUUUCAACGUGAUUUAAGUUUAUAUAAAAAAUUAACGGAAACUUGGAAUAGCACAGUAUCGUUUGAUGAAAUGAUAGAAAUAAAAACAAAACGUUUACGAUCAUUGGAUCCAAAACGUGAACCAACACGUUAUGUUAAAGAUUAUGGGGUAUUCGAUUGUCUCGGAUCGGGUGCAUUCGGUUCGGUAUAUCGUGUGGCUAAACGUAAUGCAACAACAAUGUGCGCAAUGAAAGAAAUCGAUAAUCGGUCAUUCCGCUCGGGUGGCGAUGUGGAGAAAAGUCUCGGAACAAGGAUCAAUGAAGUGAAAAUAAUACGUGAGGAACUUCGUCAUCCAAAUGUUGUUAGCUACUACAGGAUGUUUCAUGAAAAUGAAAAGUUGUAUAUUGUUAUGGAAUUGAUUAGCGGCUCAUCUUUACAAGAUUUUCUUACAUUACUUAAAGAAACCAGAUCAACAAUGAGCGAAGAAAAUAUAUGGAAAGUUUUCGUACAACUUAUCCUGGCAUUACGUUAUUUGCACAAAGAAAAAGGCAUUGUGCAUCGUGAUUUAACUGCAAAUAAUAUAAUGCUUGACGAUGAAUAUCGUGUUAAAAUCACCGAUUUUGGUUUAGCAAAACUACUUGAUAAUGACUGUAGUAAAAUGACUUCCGUCGUUGGUACGAUGUAUUAUGCAUGCCCAGAGAUAAUUCAGCAUUUGCCAUAUAAUGAGAAAGCUGAUAUAUGGUCGCUAGGCUGUGUGUUAUAUCAUAUGGCGACACUUGUUCCGCCCUUUUUUACGUCAAAUUUAUUAUCUUUGGCUAGUAAAAUAUGUGCAAGUGAUUAUGAUCAACAACCAUUAAAGCAUUAUAGUGAUCGUAUUCGACAUGUUAUUGUCGAAUGUUUAUGUAUUGAUUCAAAUCGUCGUCCAGAUAUCUAUUCUGUUGCACAGUUAUGUACCGAGUAUAUAAUGAUAUAUACAGAUCGUGCAUGCACGAAUAUACAAAAAUUAGAAAAACGUCUUAGACAGCAAGAUUCUAAACGUUUAAAUUACCAUCAACGGUGUUGGAGUUGUUCAAGUGCAAAAGAAAGUAUUGUUAACGGCGGCGAUGUUAGUUUUGAUGAUCAACAAUCGAUUGAUACAGUCAAACAAUAUACAGAUGACUUUGCAGGAGGUGUAUUUAUUAAUACUCGAUCACCUGAUGGUUCAAAUAUUGGAAAUAUAUCUAGCGAUGGUGGUUAUGACAGUGGAAAUAGGAGGAGUGUAUAUCAAUCUCCCAGUCCAUCGACACCUGAUCGCAGGGAUAACAACUCAUUGGUGCGACCAAGACCUACUUCAGCUGGUUCUGCUACUUCGAUAGUUAUGCCCCACAGACGUUUACGUGCCACUGAUCCUGUCACCCAACUGCUCGAUGUUGUACAUAAAAUUAUUUUCAUAACGCAAACUCCACCAACAAUUAGUGAUAAUAAUUCAUGUCGGCGGCUAAUCGAGCGUUACAAACGUUUUUUGUUUUCGAAACGAACAUCACAAAAUCUUAAAAGUGAAUUAUCAAAAUUAGCCAGUCAUUCAAUGGAUUGCAUUCAAUUCGAUGUAAGUUCGAACAGCAGUUCAACAUCGGCAGUUGAGCAUUUAGUAUUUAAAUCUAUUACAACGAAUUCAUCUGCUGCUACAAACAAGGCACUAAAUCCUAAAACUAUUGAUUUGACCAUCCAUGAAAAUGAUGGAUAUAUUACUUAUGAACAAAUGAUGAGUUUUAUCGAACAAAUUUUACAAGAAACCAGUUAUUAUAAUCAGACAACAAGCGAUUCGCUACCUCCACCAUCAACGUCACAAAAAGCGAGACUGCCAUCGGGAAAAAAAUCACAUUCCAUUCAUCAAUCCGUCCAAGAAUAUUCUUGA